AUGGCGACUAAGAACCCGCGCAUCCUCGCCCUCUUCGACGUGGAUGGCACGCUCACGGUCGCCCGUAAGACUGCGACCACCAAGAUGCUGGUCCGUCUCCAGAAACUACGCAACCGCAUCACUAUUGGUGUCGUUGGUGGUUCAGACCUUGUCAAGCAAAAGGAGCAGCUGGGUGACAACGUGACCAACAACUUCGACUACAGCUUUUCGGAAAACGGUCUUGUGGCUUAUCACAAUGGGAAACUCGUGGGCGAGACGAACCUCAAAAGUCAGUUCUCGAACGAGCAGCUCAAUCAUCUCGUCAGCUUUUGCUUGCGGUACAUUGCAGACUUGGACAUCCCCGUGAAGCGCGGGACGUUCGUGGAGUUCCGAAUGGGCAUGAUCAACGUGUCCCCCAUUGGCCGCAACUGCUCCCAAGAGGAACGCGACGAGUUUGAAAAAUACGACCACAUCCACAAGAUCCGAGAAGUCUUUGUGGAGAAGCUCCGGGCUGAGUUUCCUCAGUACAAUCUGACGUUCUCCAUUGGUGGACAGAUAUCCUUUGACGUGUUUCCGAAGGGCUGGGACAAGACCUUUUGCCUUCGGUACCUGGAUGCAAAGGACUACGACGAGAUUCACUUUUUUGGCGACAAGACCAACAAGGGCGGCAACGAUUACGAGAUCUACACGAGCGACCGCACCAUUGGCCACUCGGUCAAGAACCCGGAGGAGACGAUCGCAAUCUUGGACCAGCUCUUUCCAUAG